AUGGAUUCUUUGAAUCUCAAGAAAGAAGGAAACGUUGACACGAGCUAUCUCAUCCGGUUGUUCCUAAAUGCGGCGGCCGGAGAAACACCACAUGUGGGUGCUAGCCUUGUUGCACGCCUGACUGAAGGAACGGUCGCCGUGUUUCAGGACAUCAACAAAUAUCUGAUCGACAGAUUUAAUGGAAUUUCAGAAUCACGAUCAUACUCUGUUAGUCUUAGAAGAAGCUCCGACAGACUUCAGCUCUGGUCAGACGGAUAUGGGAUUUCCAGCGCAGCCUCCGAUGAAAUCUUCGAUCGAUCUUGUCGGUUACGAGGUGCAACGCUUGAGAUUCUAUGCAGUAUAGGGUCGACUCUCACUGAAAGGCUCGUAGCAUCAACUUGGGCGACAGGCCUUUUAGGAAAGACACAACUUUCAGAAAGCUUUACGAACAAGGUGGAAAACUUACGGCAACUGAUACAAGAAGCCGAAGACGACCUUUCAAAGAGUGAAUCUUCGACUGGAUCAUCAGAGUAUGAUGAUGACGAUAUCGCGCAAAUUACCGCAGAUCUUGAAGCAGACACCAGAAGUUUGAUGGACCUCGAUAGCUUAUUCUCUGAACCCAUCUUUGAUAUUGAACACGCGAGGCAACCCCUUGACUCGUCUUGGCACAAGUGGAAACCGCACGAACCUUACAGACAACUCAUAGGCAAGCAAUUUCCCAAAGCGAAUGAGGAGCUCGUCACCAGUCUCGGGAAGGCCAAUUAUGAGCGAUUCUUGAGAGGCAAAGAGCAAAGGGACAAGAAUUUUUGGGCAUGGUGUGAGGAUCCAAAGGGACCUCGGCUGAUGCAUCCGAGUGAGAUCAAGGGUUUGGAACCUACGAGCUCUAAGUUCACAGAUUCAGGCCUUGGAUCAUCUAUUCCUUCAUCUUACGCCGAGACAAUCAUGUCAUACCACGGCGGUGAAGGGACCUCAGUACGCUUGCCGCCUCUACCCAGGAGCUCCAGGGGUGGGUUUCUCUGCAUGGCGUGCGGUAGAGCGACUGCUGUGGAAAAUAAGUCUGCAUGGAAACGGCACUUGUACAACGACUUGAUGCCUUGGCAAUGCCUAGAACCCUCGUGUGGGCAUCUGGGUGUCUUCGGCACUCGUGAAGAUUGGGUCUCACACCUCGCUCUCGACCACUUUGGGCCCGAGUGGAAAGAAUCCGAGUGUCCGCUAUGCCGGAAAGACACCGGUUGUGGCAAGACUGCUAUUCUAAGUCACCUCGGAGGUCAUCUUGAAGAGAUCUCUCUUGCGGCUCUCCCUUCAAACCCUGAUUCGGACACAGAAAGCCAGCCAUCGAACACCAGUCAGCAAGAUAAAGUUGCUGGUAGUGAUGCCGAGGAAAUCAACUCAGCCGCAGGGAUCAUGGUUGUAGAGUGUCCUCCUACUCAUCCAGAUGAUACCCAAAUCUUUGAGAUGACACGAGAAGGGCCAGUCACUCUUGAAGAAGUCGCAGACUAUCUUGGGGAAGUUAUGCGCCAGGGGCCUAAUUUUGAAGACGAGUUUCUCCAUCUACUGCAAAAUUAUGAAUUUGAUAUGUAA